UGCGCUCUCGGUGUGCUGUAGGGAUCGGCUGAUGGGGGAAGGGCUUUCGCACAUCAACUCAUGGCGGAGAGCAGAUCUCACACUCGGCUCGAUCACACCGCCGCGGCCGCCGCUCAGAUCCGCCAAACUCGCGUCUGAUCAUGGGCAGAGGACGACAUGCGCGCAGCUGAGAUUGCGGACAGAUUGGACGUUGUGUUUCUGCUUUUAUUGCGUGUCAGAGAGCCAGCUGCAUCCAUACACGGUGUCCUCCUCAGGCCCGGGAGGCUGUGAAUUAUUCUGAAAGGAACUGAAGAACAAACAGGGGAAAUGGCUGCAACUGUGGGUUUCUCCUCCAAUGGACCUGUACCCUGGACGAUGAGCGACACCGAGGUGAACAAUCUCUACCGGGAUCUAGAGUUGGGCACUGUACUGACGCUCUUUUACUCCAAAAAGUCUCAAAGACCAGAGAGAAGGACGUUUCAAGUCAAGCUUGAGACCAGACAGAUUAUCUGGACCAGAGGAACGGAUAAAAUCGAGGGCGAAAUUGAUAUUCGGGAAAUUAAGGAGAUCCGGACGGGGCAGAAGUCCCGGGACUUUGAUCGGUAUGUGGAGGACUCUGCUGCGCGGCCGGACCAGGCCCACUGCUUCGUCAUUCUCUACGGGACAGAGUUUCGGCUCAAAGCGCUCAGUCUGGCAGCUACCUCAGAUGAGGAGAUGGUCAUGUGGGUGAAGGGUCUGACCUGGCUGGUGUCAGAUACAUUACGCUCCCCCACACCCCUGCAGAUAGAAAGGUGGCUGAGAAAACAGUUUUAUGCAGUGGACCGCAACAGAGAAGACAGGAUUUCCUGUAAGGAUCUGAAGAGUAUGCUGUGUCAAGUCAACUACAGGGUUCCCAAUAUGAAGUUCUUACGAGAGAAACUUCCGGAUGGUGAGCUGAGGAAUGGAGAUGUGUCAUAUAGUCAUUUCGCGCAGUUGUACCGCAGCCUGAUGUUUGACGCACAGAAAUCAAUGGAGAUUUCACUGCUGCAAAGGUUUAUUGAGAGACCUGAACAGAAGAUCUCACUGGAGGACUUCCAGAACUUCCUAAUUGAACAUCAGAAGGAGCUUUGGGCUGCAGAUAACAACAAGGUGCAGGAGUUCAUGUUCCACUACCUGAAGGAUCCUCUACGAGAGAUCGAGCAGCCAUACUUUCAUCAAGACGAGUUCCUCACGUAUCUGUUCUCUAAAGAGAACACUAUCUGGGAUUCGCAGCUCGAUCAGGUGCGGCCAGAGGAUAUGAACAACCCCUUGUCCCACUACUGGAUCUCCUCGUCCCACAACACCUAUCUGACGGGAGACCAGUUUUCCAGUGAGUCGUCUCUGGAGGCGUACGCCCGCUGUCUGCGGAUGGGCUGCAGAUGCAUUGAGUUGGACUGCUGGGACGGUCCUGAUGGGAUGCCUGUCAUCUACCACGGUCACACCCUCACCACCAAGAUCAAGUUCAGCGAUGUGCUGAACACCAUCAAAGAACAUGCCUUCGUCACGUCUGACUAUCCCAUUAUCCUCUCCAUCGAGGACCACUGCAGUAUUGUCCAGCAGAGAAACAUGGCCACCUUCUUUAAGAAAGUGUUUGGAGAGAUGCUCCUGACCAAAGCGGUGGACAUCUCAGCCGACGGCCUCCCCUCACCCAAUCAGCUCAAGAGGAAGAUCCUUAUCAAGCACAAGAAAUUAGCUGAGGGAAGUGCGUAUGAGGAGGUCUCGUCUUCAACGCCCUACUCGGAGAACGACAUCAGCAACUCCAUCAAAAAUGGCAUCCUGUACCUAGAAGAUCCCAUCAACCAUGAGUGGUACCCUCACUUCUUUGUUCUGACCAGCAAUAAGAUCUAUUAUUCUGAGGAGACUUCAAGUAAUCAAGGGAACGAGGAUGAGGAGGAGCAUAGAGAGACCUGUAACGGCAUGGACCAACAUGUAACGGAGAAGUGGUUUCACGGUAAGCUGGGUGCGGGACGUGACGGGCGUCAGAUCGCAGAGCGUCUGCUGUCGGAGUACUGCCUGGAGACUGGAGCGCCCGACGGCUCCUUUCUGGUGCGGGAGAGCGAGACGUUUGUGGGCGACUACACGCUGUCCUUCUGGAGGUCCGGUCGCGUUCAGCACUGCAGGAUUCACUCUCGGCAGGAAGCCGGCAGCCCGAAGUUCUACCUGACGGAUAACCUGGUGUUUGACACUCUGUUUGCACUCAUCACACAUUACCAGCAGGUGCCUCUGCGCUGCAACGAGUUUGAGAUGAAGCUGACUGAGCCAGUGCCACAAACCAACGCUCACGAGAGCAAAGAGUGGUACCACGCGUGUCUGUCCCGCAGUCAGGCUGAAAACAUGUUGAUGAGAGUCCCACGUGACGGGGCUUUCCUCGUUAGGAAGAGGACAGAAUACAACUCUUUCGCCAUUUCCUUCCGGGCGGAGGGCAAGAUAAAGCACUGCCGUGUGCAGCAGGAGGGACAGACUGUGGUUUUGGGCACCUCUGAGUUUGACAGUUUAGUAGAUUUAAUCAGUUACUAUGAGAAACAUCCACUGUACCGCAAGAUGAAGCUACGCUACCCCAUCAAUGAGGAAACACUGGAGAAGAUUGGCACUGCUGAGCCUGAUUAUGGAUCUCUGUAUGAGGGCCGUAACCCUGGAUUUUAUGUGGAAGCCAAUCAAAUGCCCACGUUUAAGUGUACAGUACGAGCCAUGUAUGAAUACAAAGCCCAGCGAGAUGAUGAACUUUCCUUCAAUAAGAAUGCCAUCAUUCAAAAUGUGGACAAACAGGAAGGAGGCUGGUGGAAGGGAGACUGCGGUGGCAAGAAGCAACUGUGGUUCCCUGCGAAUUACGUUGAGGAAAUCAGCCCGACAGCCGUGGAGCCUGACAGAUCUCAGGCCACAGAGAACAGUCCUCUGGGAGAUCUCCUGAGAGGAAGUGUGGACGUGUCUUCCUGUCAGAUCGUGGUCAGACCAGAAGGGAAGGGCAGUAGACAGUUUGUCUUCUCUUUGGUCCUCGUUGCUUCGCCCCGUACCGGCCCAGUUCUGGACAUUGCCGCUAGUUCACAGGAGGAGCUGAAGGACUGGGUGGUGAAGAUUCGAGAGGUCACCAUGACCUCUGAAGCUAAGGUCCGUCCUGCCAUUGAGGAGGGUAAAAUGAUGGAAAGAAGAAAGAAGAUUGCUUUAGAGCUGUCGGACCUUGUCAUCUACUGCCGCCCUGUUCCCUUUGAUGAAGACAAAAUUGGGACGGAGCGGGCCUGUUUCCGAGACAUGUCCUCGUUUCCCGAGACCAAAGCAGAGAAGUAUGUGAACCGCAUCAAAGGAAAGAAGUUUCUGCAGUACAAUCGGCUACAACUCUCUCGUAUCUACCCGCGCGGUCAGCGCCUGGACUCAUCCAACUAUGACCCGUUACCCAUGUGGCUUUGUGGCAGUCAGCUAGUGGCCCUUAACUUCCAGACCGCAGAUAAGCCGAUGCAGAUGAAUCAAGCGCUCUUCAUGUUGAACGGCAGGAGCGGUUAUGUGCUGCAGCCGCCAAUCAUGAGAGAUGACAACUUUGAUCCUUUUGACCGGCACUCUCUGAGAGGAGUGGAGCCGAUCACGCUGAGCAUAGAGGUUUUGGGAGCACGCCACCUGCCCAAACAUGGUCGAGGUAUCGUCUGCCCCCUCAUCGAGAUUGAAGUUUGUGGAGCAGAAUAUGACAACGCCAAACAGAGGACUGACUCUGAAGCUGACAACGGUCUGAACCCCACCUGGCCCAGGAAACCCUUCCGAUUCACCGUGUGCAAUCCUUCUUUUGCGUUUCUGCGCUUCGUGGUCUAUGAAAUCGACAUGUUCAAUGACCAGAACUUUCUUGCCCAGGCAACGUUCCCCAUCAACUGCCUCAAAACAGGCUACCGUUCGGUCCCGCUUAAAAACAGCUACAGUGAGGAUCUCGAGUUGGCGUCCCUGCUGGUGCAUAUGGACAUCAUCAGAGGAAGGGUGGGCUAUGAGAUCAUACAUGAGAACGGCGAGAUGUUGAGUCCAUUCUCUGCAGCAGGAGCGAUUGGCGUGGCCAUGCAGGUGGGCCGGGAGCGUAUGGGGGACACGAGCUCAGUUUCCUCCACGUCCUCCAUGUCACCUCUGCCCUCGUCUCCGGGUCAGGCCCUGGGAUAUCGUGGUCGGGAGGGCUCGUUUGAGGCCCGGUACCAGUCCCCGCUGGAUGACUUCAGAGUGUCACAGGAGGCGCUGUUGGACCAUGAGAACAGGAGGCUUCGCAGGGCUCGCGUCAGCGCCGACAACCGUGCGUAAACGACCGGCUGAGCGUACGACAGAUGGACAGAGCAGACGCAAGGCCAGCGACAAGGUUCCUUCAGAGCUGAUGAUGUCAAGGACUGCCGUGAAACCCGUUUCUAUGGAAAUCGCCAGCGUUUUUGGACAGAUCUCCCUCUCUCUGCGACUCUCUCCCGCUCAGGGCCGUGUGAGUGGCAGAGGGACUAACGGGGCGUGAAUGGAGCCUUCGCUCACGGACAGAAAUGAACAAAUAUCUGCUUAGCUACAAUCUGAACCUGCGGCGAAAGGGACAGGGGUGUUCUGAUACAGCGCGAGACUCGAGGACAGGGCCAGUGUUUCACAAUUGAGUGGGGGCUGUAUCAUUCAUCACUUUGAAACCGAUUCCAGGUUAACAUUUAUGGAGUAAUAAUACUUUUCUUUACUCUGUCUCUGGCUUAUAUAUAAAUAUAUAAAUGUGUGUGUGUGUGCCCCAUUUUGCUGUCAGUUAGAAAAGCGUUGCAGCUGAUCUGCUCUCAAAGAGCCUCUCACUCCACAUUUUUAUUUCAUUUCAGAUUGAUUAUUUUUAUUAUUUAAACGUCUGUUUUAAACUUUCAUAAUGUUAUUGUUUUUUUUUUUCUAUACGAGUAUGUUUCUAACAUGAGGGCUUGGCCUUUUUAAUUGCGUUUCUCAUGCUUUCUCUUCCCUCUGUCCGACUUGAUGGACUGAAGUGUUUGAUGUGUCCCAGGAUGCACAUGUUCUUGUUUAUUUUUUUUUUAGGCAGGCAGAUGGCAGAUCUCAUUGAAGUAGUCGCCGUCUAAGCUUCAGGAACACAUUCUUCAACGUUUAACUCAAGAACAGCCUUUAUUUUGUUUUAAAAUAAAGUUAUGAAGUUAUCAAGUGACCAUA